AUGAAGGGCCCCAAAGUCAAUGAACACACUCUUCUGCGCAAGAGAUUGUUCACCUGGGUUCGAAAGGCCGAGAGCAAGGCAGAGGUUAAGCAACCAUGUCUCCUCCUGGGGGCUGGGCAAGCUUCCAACUGCAAGCAGAGGAGCCGUGACCAAGUGCAGGAUGCCCAGAUGACUUCCCCGGCAUCUAAACGUCCCAGGCAAUCCGAUAUGGCAAUUGAUUCUCAGGCAGAUUCCGGAGCAAUGGUGGUGGCUACCAGCCAGAACUGGGCCCAAUCGCCCAAAUGA